AUGGCGACAGUCUCAGUCAAGAUCAACGGCGGUCAUUUGGGUCUCCUUGAUGAGAGACCGAAGGUAGCACCUCCUCUAUCACUCGGGCGACCUGUGCUGAGGUACUGCCCUCAGCUUCGAUUGUCAUUUCGACAUGGAGGUAUCCAAGGGCGUUUGUAG